AUGAAGGCAGCUGGGCCUUCUGAGUUCAUUGACAGUGAUUCAGAAAAGUUGGAUCUAGAAUGUUCCAUCUGCUGCCAUGAUUACAACUGGACCGACAAGUGUCCUCGGGAGUUGGAAUGCCUCCACACUUUCUGUACUGAGUGCCUCACUAAAAUGGAGGCUCAACUACCCAACUCAUGCCGUCACAUCUCUUGCCCACUCUGCAGGUAUUCCACUGAGCUCACGGCUUCGGGGUCCUUGGGCCUACCCCGCCAGGAGGAGAUUCUCUCCAAGCUGUCACUGCAGCUGGGAGUGCACAGUAGCUCCUCAGCUACCCUCAGCCAGCAGCUCAUCCUGACCCUGGACUCAGGUGAGACCACUGUCAUCAUGUUGCCCACAGUCAGCCUGAGUGUGGAGCAGGGGGACGGGCAGCGGGCUUCCAGAUCCUGGAACCUCCGAGACCAUUCGCUCGUCCGCCAGAACCAGAAACAGCAGGCCGUUGUGUGCCUGAGGAAGGCCUCCUGGAGAGUGGCCACCCUCCUGAUCCUGUUCUGCAUUGCUGCUUUUGUGCUUGGCCCACGACUCUUUUAG